AAACCGAAAAUGGUAUAAUCAAGAAAUGAUGCAUAGCUUCAUCGUCGCACUUCUCUCGCGACACACAUUCCUUCACUUAACGGUAUAUUCGACUCGUAAUACCAUGCAUGCUAUUGCGAAACUGACAUAUCUUCUAGCGCGUUGUUUUCCAUCACAGGAGAGUGACUACGUGUGUUGACAUACAAAUGUGACCAGUAAGCAUGGUCCGUGCGUCAAUUAUUUUAAGUUUGUCACAGUAAAAGUGACGUACCGCAAGUGCAGCACACCAUACGAUUUCCUACUUAUAUAAGCAAUAAGUGUGCAAAUUUUAUAGGAAUGACAGUUUUGACAAAUGUCACAAGAUAUUUUGAAAAUGCAAUUGUUGAAUACAUAGAUGUCCACUUUACGUUGUGGUUGACAUGGCUUUUAGCGCCGCUUCUGCUUACGUUCAUGUUACCUCUAGUCGUAUUUUUAAUGUUCUAUAUGAAUGCCGUUAUACUCUACAUUUACAAGCUACAUAGGGAACGUCUUCGACAUGCAUACGAGACAGACUUCUGGGAUGGUGCUCGGAAAACAAUUGCUGCCUUAUGGGACGCCCAUGGCUGGCUUUGGCAUGGUUAUGAAGUAAAUGGAAUGGAUAACAUCCCAGAUGAAUCACCUGCCUUAAUUGUUUACUAUCAUGGUGCUAUUCCUGUUGACUUGUAUUAUUUUAUAUCAAAGGCCUACCUUUUUAAGAAUCGUCUUAUACAUACAGUUGCAGACAGGUUCCUCUUCAAAAUACCAGGUUGGACAAUUGUAUCUGAGGUGCUGGGAGUGAUACCUGGCACAGUGCACACAUGUGCUAAUAUACUGAAGGAAAAUAACCUGCUUGCUAUUUCACCAGGCGGUGUGUAUGAAGCACAGUUUGGAGAUUCAUACUACAGACUAAUGUGGAAGAAAAGACUCGGUUUUGCAAAAGUUGCACUUGAAGCCAAAGUGCCAGUUAUCCCAAUGUUCACACAGAACUUGAGGGAAGCAUUUCGCAGUAUUGGUCUUGGUGGUCGUCUUUGGUUGAGACUGUACAACAUCACAAGGUUCCCUCUUGUUCCCAUAUAUGGGGGAUUUCCUGUUAAGCUUAAGACCCACAUUGGUAAACCAAUACCGUAUGAUGGCAGCCUCACACCAGAACAACUGCAGGCUAAGAUAGCUUCUGCUUUGGAAGAUCUUAUCCGGAAACACCAGCGGACACCUGGAAGUAUUUUAAGGGCACUAAAGGAACGAGUUUAUGAAACGCCUAAAGAAAAAGAAACAUAAUACCUUUUCUUUUCUAUUUGCAGUGGAUUAGUGACAGAUUUUGAACAACGAUGAAGUAUUAUAUCUACUUACUGCCAUUUAUAAAUGAGAAAAAAAUGAGGAGAAAAAGGCAACUCUUCAUUGGUGGUGUUUUUAUGAAUUAUAAUUAAUUCUAAUUGUGAUGUGUUAUUUUCACACUAACUCAUGUAUUAGAAAUAUAUAAAAGAGCCUGAUCUUAAUUUGAUGUGUAUGGAAACACUGUGCUUGAUUUAAUUUAUAUUAUUUUUGGAACUGGUGUAAGCUGGUCUUACAUGUCUUGUUUUAUCAUAAAGAAAGGAUGAUCAUUGAAUUUUUCUAUCAGGUGAUGAAUGUUUACAUUUUAGCACUUUUUCCCCUCUCUUUGUGUCAGUGGUGUAGAUUUUUCAUGAGCUUGAUUUAUGGAAUAUUAUAUUCUUCUAUGUGUAAUACAUGCUUCGGAAACAGUAUUUUGCUUCAUCAUUGAUGUAACAAAAAUACAAGA